AUGGUACCUCGACUAGCAUUAUAUGGACUUUCAUCCACACUGUUAGCUACGGGAGUAGUAUAUUCAGCCUUGAAUACAAGGGCAAAUUUCUAUGCUGCUGCUGUUGCUCUGGGCAGAAGCAGUGGAGCUUUGAUGGUUCUCGCCAAUUUCGCUCUUUUCAAUACUAUCUUAUUUGGAAUAGGAUUGAAGAAGGUCUUCUUUGGUCAAUUAAGAGCUAUAGAAUAUGAACAUCUAUUCGAGCGAUUAUGGAUAUUCUUAACAGAGUCAUUAUUGGCUUUAACAAUAUUCAGAGAUGACUUCUCAGCACCUUUCGCAUUCAUGUAUGGUAUUUUAUUAUUCCUUAAAUGUUUCCACUGGAUCACGGCGGAUAGAGUCGAUUAUAUGGAUCAAAUACCACCUCCUGGUCCACCGACCCUUUUCCAUAUACGAAUGACAUCCAUCAUAACCUUAUUAGCGAUAUUCGAUUUCGUUUUGGUAUCAUAUUCUAUAGAAGCGAUUCUAUCAGAAGGUGUUUCAGCCAUGGUCUUAUUCGCAUCUGAAUUCACUAUUCUCAACGCAUCGAUAAUAGGUACAGCAGCUCGAUAUUCAAUAGGUUUAAUAGAUCUCAGAAGAGCAAGAGGAAGAGCAGACGCUCCUCCUUGGGAACAAAAGUCUAUGUGGUUAUUCUAUGUCGAUUUGACUGUCGACUUCAUGAAACUCCUCACCUACCUUUCGUUCUUCCUUGUCAUUCUUCUUCAUUACGGCCUCCCACUCCAUAUUCUUCGAGACGUGUACAUGACUCUUCGAUCGUUCAUUUCCAGAUGUGGUGAUUUGAUCCGCUAUCGACGUGCUACUCGGGACAUGGACGCUUUAUACCCCGAUGCAACUGAAGAAGAGAUAGAACGAGGUGGAGAUAGGACCUGUAUAAUCUGUAGGGAAGAAAUGAUACCUCGGUCAGUAGUCGAAAGAGAAGGUAGUACCGCUUCAGGAGUCGGAGGUGGACCUAAUGAAACUCCCAAAAAACUGGCUUGUGGUCAUAUAUUCCACUUCCACUGUCUUCGAAGCUGGUUGGAAAGACAACAGAGCUGUCCCACUUGUCGAAGAGACGUAUUACGAACACCAGCUCAAUUGCCUGGUCGAGCUGCUGCUGCUCGGAACACUCCGCUUGCACCUCCCCCACCACCUGCCCAACCGGGAGCUGUACCUCAACCACCUCAACAGGCGGAAAGAAACAAUAUCCAACAGGCAUAUAACGAAUACUUCUCCCUACCUAGAAUGGGCUGGGACAACCCUGUGCCAAACAACGCAGGAGCAGCCGAUGGGACAUCAAUACAAGGAGGACCGACCAGUGGAGACGAGAGAGGGGAGCAAAGUAUCGAUGAGAGAUUACAACGUGGGAUAUGGGGAGGUCCAAUCACUCCAGGAAGAUUCUUCCCGACGCCAUUAGGAGCCGCACCGCGAUUCCAACAAGCCCAUCCUUCAUCUUCAAAUAUCUCGUCAAACCACUAUUCACAUAUCCGUACGAAUGUCAGACCGGACCCUCCUCCUGAAUCAGAAUCGGAAUCAGAAAGACGAGAAUCAACAGAUACUAGAAGGGGUCCACAUCUUUCUGUUCCUACUACACCUCAACUAUCAGGUCAUGUAACUCCCUUUUCAUCAAACCCACCGGUCAUUUUCACUUCAACAGGAACAGCUCGACCGGUCCCUAAAUCAGGAGACGAAGAGAAGGUGGAAGAUUUGGUAGUCAGUGAAGUUGAUGUGAGGAAAAGAGCGGCUGAAGCUGCUUUGAGAAGAUUUGGAGGUAUAUUCCCUUCUUCUUCUACUGCAUCUUCAUCUUCUAAUAGCAUGAUACCAAGGGAGAGUAUAGCAAUAUCAAAAGGAAAAGGAAAGGAAAGAGAAGUUGUUUCACCAUUGCAGUCGUUGAAUACACAGAAUUUGGAUGAAUGGGAAGCAGUACCAAACGUUCAUCCAAGACUGUUAUCCGAUCAAAGACAACCCAAUAUACAAUUUGAAAACCAACUUCAAGGCCGGCCAGGAGGUAGCGGUACAGUCGAGACUCUAGAUGAGAGGAUCAGAGUCUUGAGAGAAGUUGAUGAAACUAUAUGGGGCUUAGUAGCUGAGUUAACUCGUCUGAGAAGUUCAUGGGUAGAAGGGAAUCAAGCUUCUGCGAAUGAUGGUUCGACAGUGGAAACUGGUGUGCAAGUAGGAACAGAAUCAGAACCACAUGUAGACCAGACAGAUGGAAUAGAUCGACCUAGGAUUGAGAUACCUGAUGAUGACGACGAGGAAUAG